AUGGAACCUGCACAGAGGUUGCAGCAGCCUGGCUACAUCCCUGCGCGAAGGUCAGCCACCCCUGUCGAUGAAGAUGCGAACGCGCAUGUCUCGGGUGGAAAUACCACGCUGAGGACUUGCCCAUUAUGGGCUUCACGGCUCGUUUGGCUUUCCUGCUCUGGUGUUGCCACUCGGGAGGAUGCAGCCUGGGAGAAUUCAACAUCCGGACCAGUGCGGCACCCUGAGAUUAUGAAAGACCAUUCCUCCUCCGCCGGGUCCUCUUCAGCAGAUAUUGCUAUCGACCGUGCCAAGCGCAGGAUCCUAAAGACAGGAUUAUCCCCUCAAGCACGCUGA